UGUAUGACGUCAGGCCAUCCUGUUGGUUUCUAAACUUAACUGUUUUUGUAUGUAUAAAUAUUCUGCCGUUAGUGAUGUACGUUCAAGUUGGUGGAUUCUAUACAACGUCUAUGAACAUGAUCGCAAUACAGGUAUCUUUUAUCCGACUUGCACUGGUAAUGAUGGUCAUUGCAGCCAGUGCCCAGUCUGCCCUGUUAAACCGCAAUAUCAAUCUACUGCGCAGCCGCCUGGGGGAUGUACUUCCGCCGGAACUGGCCUUGUCCGGGCCAUUCAUCCAAUCAGAUCGCGUCUUUCUGGGGCAUGCCCGAGAACAAACAACUACCGAAGCUACCACUGACUUCUGCCUGUCUAUAUUUUGUGUGUCACCAAGAACGUGUCGAGAUAGGAUCCUGGACAGAACAUCGUGUAUCAAUGACUGUUUGGAAACUUGCCAUGCUCUGAUACAACGGAAAUGAUGUAUAAAGCGUUGUAUUGAGUUAGAGGUUGUGUUUGGUUGUUGUUUUACGCCGCACUCAGCAAUAUUCUAGCUAUAUGACGGCGGUCUGUAAAUAAUCUGGUGAGGACUAGACAAUCCAGUGAUUCAUAUUACGUUCAACGUCCCAAGUUAUCGGGUAUGAUGGCAGGCAAACAAAUCAGAAAGCCUGACCACUAGGUCCAUUGAGUCGCCUCGAACGACAAGCAUAGGUUGCUGGGGGCCAAUUCGAACCCGGAAUCCCACCGGGUAUGGGUUGUGAUACGAUAGAUUAUUUGAUCAUAUUAAUUAUGUUUAUUCCCCCACUAUAAUGGGGUUUGCUUUUGUACACUGAACAUCAACAUCAAAAUAAAACAUAAAACCAUAUAUA